UCUGGUCCAUACAAAGCCGCAAGCGAACUAGAGGAAAUCGAUCUUCCAAUGGACUCGCAGUAGAAUCGCAAAUCCAACCACCGCUCAGCUCCAAUGGCGUUCGCUCUCUCUUCCGCCUCCUUCCUCGUCGCUCCCUCCAGACCCACCUCCUCCCCCUCCUCUCCUUCCUCCGUCGGCGCCUGCCGCACCACUCACUUCCGCUCCCUCUCCCUCUCCCUCCGCCCUCCCCGCCGCAAGAAGCCCCGCUGGCGUCGCGCCGCCGAUGGAUUCUCCAGAUUCGUCAUCGCCUCCUCCGACUACUACUCCACACUUGGAGUGCCCAAGUCUGCCGGCAUCAAGGAGAUCAAGGCCGCCUACCGAAGAUUGGCUCGUCAGUAUCACCCUGAUGUCAAUAAACAAGCUGGAGCAACAGAAAAAUUCAAAGAAAUAAGCACUGCUUAUGAGGUGCUGUCAGAUGAUAAAAAGAGGGCUUUGUAUGACCAAUAUGGUGAAGCUGGAGUGAAGAGCGGGGUAGGUGGUUCAACUGGAGCAUACACGACCAAUCCUUUUGACCUAUUUGAGACCUUUUUUGGUGCGAGCAUGGGUGGUUUCUCUGGUAUGGAUCAAACUACAUUUAGAACACGUAGACGUGGUGCUGCUACAAAGGGAGAAGAUCUACGGUAUGACAUAACUUUGGAGUUUUCAGAGGCUAUCUUUGGAGCAGAAAAGGAAAUUGUAUUGUCUCAUUUGGAGACGUGUGAUAUCUGCACUGGUACGGGAUCGAAACUUGGCUCCAAGAUGAGAAUAUGCUCAACUUGUGGUGGUAGAGGUCAAGUAAUGCGAACUGAGCAAACACCCUUUGGAAUGUUCUCCCAGGUUUCCGUUUGUCCAUCUUGUGGGGGAGAAGGUGAAAUUAUUUCAGAAUACUGCCAGAAGUGUGCUGGGGAAGGACGCAUACGCGUUAGAAAGGAUAUCAAUGUAAAAGUCCCACCAGGUGUUAGCAAAGGCAGUACUCUUCGUGUAAGGGGUGAAGGUGAUGCAGGACCAAAAGGGGGUCCACCUGGUGAUCUUUAUGUAUUCCUGGACAUUGAAGAAAUUCCUGAAAUUCAACGGGAUGGCAUUAACUUAUCCUCAAUUGUUAUUAUUAAUUACAUUGAAGCUAUCUUAGGGACAACUGUUAAGGUCAAGACAGUUGAUGGGAUUAGUGAACUUCAGAUACCUCCUGGUACUCAACCUGGUGAUGUGGUUGUUCUAGCAAAAAGAGGUGUUCCUAAGUUAAACAAGUCAUCAAUACGCGGUGAUCAUUUAUUCAAUAUCAAAGUAACUAUACCAAAUCGUAUCAGCAGUGGAAAGGAACGAGAGUUGCUUGAAGAACUUGCAUCUUUGAGCAGUAAUUCCGUCCCCCGCGCAAGCUCUCGCUCAAAUAUAAAAACACAGAUUGACACAACAAAAAGCCAAACAACUACAGAGGCUCGGGAUUCGGAGAAAGAGCAAUCAAGUCAAAAUGACUUUUGGCAGCCGCUAAAGGACUUUGUCGGGUCUGUUGCUAAUGGAGCGCUUAAAUGGCUAAAAGACAAUCUUUGAUCCGACACUGCUCUUUGUUUUCGCUCGAUCCAGUUCCCACAAUCUACUCGAGGCUAAGGCUUGUCAUGGCUGCCAUCCUCAUUUACUCAUCGAGACCCUAGUUGUUGUUGAUGAUGGUCAUCAUCAUGUGACAAGGAUAGAUUGGUUGGGGGCAUCUAUGUCGAGUUCUUUACCUUUCGUCCCAUGAUUUUGCGAUCAUAGAUACUUCCAUGUACAGCAAGAUAUCCAUGAUAUCGACAACAAGCUGAUUGCUACACUUUGUAAUUCGAAUCGAGCGACCCAGCCCAACGGAGGAGGUAAAUAAAUGAUUCUUUUUCAUUCA